UAAGAAAAAGUAUGGACAGUGUGUAAUCAUGUGAUCAGCAUCCCGUGCAUUUAAAAGCCCAUGCUAAGCGAUUGUCUGGCUUGCAUUUUGCCUGAAUAUUCACUACCCAGCCAUGACAAGUAACAGCCAAACGGAAAAGUUCCAGCUACACGUUCCGAGUCUAGAGGAGUUAUGUGAAGUUUUGGAGAGUGGUCUAAAACAAAAUUUUGCUGAUGCAAAAGUGUCUGUCACCGACUGCCCAGACCUUACCCAGGAACCAUUCAAGUUCCCUGUAAAAGGUUUGUGCGGUAAACCUCGGAUAACAGAUGUUGGUGGCGUGCCUUAUCUCAUUCCAGUGGUUCAGGUGGAAAAGAUCUAUAACAUGAACGUGGUGUCCAAGGAGUUGGAGCUACCUGGUGCAUUUAUCAUCGGAGCUGGUGCUGUCUCUUCAAAAACAGCUGGCAUGAAUGCUGAGUUAAUGCCCCUGGUGCUAACUGAAUCUGAAGGGAAGCCUGCAGUAAAUGCUAGCUACUUUUCCUCCGUCAAUCCAGAGGAUGGAAAGUGUCUACUUGAAAAGUACAGCGACAAGUUCCACGAUUGUGACUUUGGACUUCUGGCUAACCUGUAUGCAUGUGAGGGGAAAUCUGGGAAGGUCAUAGAGGUGAGAGCCAGCCAGAGAACAGGACAGGACAGUCUUGUGACAUGCAUGAGAAAAGCAAUGGAACAGCGUUAUCCUGAUAAAAGUUUGGCCCUGGGUGGGACUUUCAUCAUCCAGAAAGGGAAAGCAAAGAUCCACAUCAUGCCACGGGAGUUUUCGGCCUGUCCUUUGCAAUCUGAGGAUGACGUUAACAACUGGCUGAAGCACUACGAGGUCAGCGCUCCAUUCAUCUGCCAGUCAGUGAUGGUGUCCAGGGACCCAGGUUUGGACCUUCGCGUGGAGCACACGCACGGCUUCAGUCACCAUGGUGAGGGUGGACAUUACUACAUUGACACCACUCCUGAUACUGUGGAAUAUCAGGGGUACUUCCUACCUGCGGAGUUCAUCUACCGCAUCGACAGGCCCAAGGACACUCACAAGAUUGGUAGAGAUUGAGUAUGAUAAAAAUCUGACUUCAUCAUCAUCUUCAUCAGUUGAUUGAACAUGUAGUCACUAUACCCUUGAGAAUCCAUGUAACGUUAUUUGUUUAGAUUUGAAAACAAAUUAUGAAGUAACAAGUCAAUAACAAAUUGCUAGACUGGUUCUGAAGCACUUUUUAAAAGUACUUUUUGUAUGAUUCAGUUAUCUUUAUACUGGUAGAUGAAAGGGGAUAACUGCAAAUAAAAACAAUUUCACAGCCUUGA